AUGGGCUGCGGUCUUAUCAUCGCAACCUUCGCCAUCCUAAUCGGCUCAUGGUGGAACAUGGGUUGGGCGAUUGGAGUCCUUAAUCCGCUUGGUGGCGCUAUGGAGGAACUUUUCGACAAAUGCGGAUCAGCUGCUUUCGAUGAAUUCGACUUGACCUGGUCUUUUACUACGGGUCUUUGGACAAUCGGAGGAGCCAUCGGAGCCGUUUUGGGAGGACCAGCGUCGAAUUUGUGGUUCAUUGGACGCAAAAGAGGGUUAUUUGUGACUUGCGGAUUGAUGGCUCUUGGAUCAUAUUUGGAAGCUCAUCCGUUUUUCUUUGCGUACGCGAAUGAUUAUAAUGAGUGUGCUGGAGAUUAUGACUUUAUUCUUGCUGGAAGAUUUUUCUCAGGAAUUGCUUGUGGUCUUACAACUGCUAUCGCCCCAGUCUACCUCAAUGAAAUCGCCCCUAAAAAGUGGAAAGGUCUUUUUGGCAAUUUGAACCAGUUCACCUGUGUCAUUGGAAACCUCUUCGUUUGGGUAGUUGGGCUCAAGCAAGUCACUGGCUCGAUGGAUUGCAAAGUCCCUCUGAACGAUGAUAAUGAAUGUCCGGCGGAAGAACAAGAUAUUGGACCAAUCAACAGAUUUUCACUGACUCUUGGUCUCCCCCUCGUUUUCUGCGCUGUUCAGAUCAUCAUUCUUCCAUUCAUCUGGGAGUCACCAUCGCACUUGGCAAAAUUCUCCCUCGAUCGAGCGGCCAAAGCUGCAAAAUACUACGGAGCCGAGGUUGAAGACGAUUCCGGAGCUGACAAACCAGUCUAUCCACGACUCGGCUGCUGCCAACCGCUUUUCUUCAAGCCCCUCAUUGCCGCGAUCAUUCUUCAUCUUUCCCAGCAGCUCAGCGGAAUCAACGCCAUCUUCUUCUAUUCAACUCAGAUCUUCACGAGCGCUGGUGUUUCGGACCCAGAAGUGGCCACUUGCUUCAUUGGCGUGAUCUCCCUCAUUUUCUGCGGCGCUUCUCUUGGUCUCGUCGGCUGUGCUGGAGGCAAAACGCUCCAUACGUAUGGAAUCGGGCUCAUUGGCAUAUGCGCUGGAAUUAUGGCGCUUCUUCUCGGCAUUUUCCUCGAAGACGAUUCUUAUAAUCAAGAUGCUGUUUCCACCUCCGCCAUUGUCUUUGUUCUGACUUUUGUGGCUAUCUUCCAAUGCGGACCAGGUCCAAUUCCAUGGGGAAUGGCGGCGGAACUUUUUGAUGACACAAACAGAUCCCGAGCAACUGCUAUCGGAUGUCUGUUCAACUGGGGGGCCAACACUGCUGUCGCCUUCGGUUUCCCUCUCCUUGAGGCAUCGAUGGGUGGUCAUGUUUUCUGGAUCUUUUGCGGCUUCAACAUCAUCUUCUUCUUCCUGCUCCUCUUUUUCGUCCCUGAGACAAAAGGAAAAACCCUCCGAGAAAUCCAAGCCUUCUUUAUUCCUUCAAUUCUCGAUGAGCCGGAAAACUUCGCCGUGGUUGUGCCCGAAUACAACGACGCUUUCAAGGAUGAAGAAAACAAGGACAAAAGCGAGUUGAAGAGUGAAGAAUGUGAUUUUUAA